GAUAGACUACAGCUGUUAAAUAUCGACUGCUAAAAUAUCAAGCUAUCGACAACUGCGCUUCAUCGGCGCUGCCACCUUGCUAAACAUCGAUAGCCUUCACAUAAAUAUGUAUAUCGAUGUAUCAGCGGAUUUUCACAUCACUACUGUGCAACACAAUAAAUAAAUUGCAACUUUGUUAGAAAUCGUGUGUUGUCAUAAUUAAAUUGCCACACAGCGAAAAUGCAGCGCGAGGAGAAGCACUUUGAGAUGACGCUGGAUGCGGUGGUGCAGCGUCUGAAUGAUUUAAAACUAGCUGUUUUGUCCAUGAUACAGAAACUGGAAAUGGAGUACAUGGACAUCAAUUGGCCAACGUUUUUGGAUAACUUUGCCAUCAUCUCGAGCCAUUUAACUGGUCUGACAAAGAUUCUGGCCAAGGAGCAGUGUCCACCGCUGCGAAAUCGCACUGUGCUACCUCUGCUCGUCUCCAUGGACCGUGACGAAACGCUGGUUAAUAUUACGGAAGGUCGUGUGCCGGUUUUCUCGCACGACAUUGUUCCGGAUUAUCUGCGCACACGACCGGACCCCAUUACUGAGCAAAAGAUGCAGCAGAAUGAACAGAAGGCGGCAAAUCUAACCAACGAUGCAGCCAUGAAGCAGGUCACACAGUACAACAAAGUUGUCUCCCACGUAUUGGACAUGGUGAGCAAGGCCCGUGAGGAGUGGGAGAUUGAGUCCAGCUCGCGCACUGGCAUCCAACAAACAAGCAGCAUGGCGGACACACAGAUGCUGGUGGCAGCAGUUGGAAUGGGCAAAGGCCUGCAAUUCAAGGCCAACUACGGUCCAGGUCCUGGCAUGAUGGUGCCGCCAUCAAUACGUGGCCCCACACCGCCUAUGGGCGGACCAUCCAUGAGUCCCGGCAACGUUCAGCAACAGUUGGGCAAAGCACCGUCGGCUGUAAAGACCAAUAUCAAAUCGGCCAAUCAAGUACAUCCAUUCUCUCGGUAGCAAAAAUCAUAAUUUAUUGUUGCGCUUUGCUUGAAUACAACAGAGUAACAUUAUUCAUAUAUAUAUAAUAUAUCUUAAAUACUAUAAGCGGAAUGUUGGCUCAUAAAUAUGGGUAUAUGUUUCUAAUAGCUGUAGUCCACAUAACUUUAAACAAAUAAACGUAAACAAAAAA